UGUCAGACUGAAUUUCAUGAGUUACAAACAGCAUAUCCUCGCUGCCAGUUAUCGAGAUAAUAAUACGUGAGAAGCAAAUCUUGGCAAAAGAAAUGUAAUCAUCACGGGUUGUCGUAUUCAAGUCAGAAAAUAGGGCUGACAGUCAUGACAAAUCCGCGAAUCAGAUCGUCAACCCCGCUGCCGGUCAAAUGAUUCACCGACAAUUUUAAACUGCUGUCAGUACUCAACUGUCUUCACCCAGCUUAUAGCCACCAUGAUAAACAGAAAGAUUCCUCUGGCAUCUUACCUCUUCACACGCCUCAGGCAGGCAGGCACGAGACGCGUGUAUGGCGUCCCAGGCGACUUCACCCUCCGAGCUCUCGACCAUCUCCCACGUUCAGGAUUGAAGUUCGUCGGAUGCUGCAAUGAGUUGAAUGCCGGAUAUGCAGCAGAUGGCUAUGCAAGAGCUCAACGCCAUCGAAAGGGAUCUGGUAUUGGAGCAUUGAUAACGACCUACGGCGUUGGUGAGCUUAGUGCGGCUAAUGCCGUUGCUGGAAGCUAUGCGGAGCAUUUGCCCGUUGUUCAUAUUGUCGGAACUCCUUCGCGACGCGCAAGACAAGUCUCAGGUUCAUCUGUGGGCGGGAAGAAAUCGCACUUGCAUAUACACCAUACGAUGGCUGACUCCAGGAUUGGAGUUUACCGCGAGAUUGCGGAGAAGUUUACUGUAGCGCAGCUUGAUCUUGCUGAGACGACGCCGGAGGAGGUGCCGGCUCAGAUAGAUAGGGUUUUAUCGCAGGCACUACACCAUAGCCGGCCGGUCUAUAUAGAGAUGCCGUCAGAUGUUGUCGAGACGGGAAUAUCGUCAGAGAAGCUGGAGCAUCCGAUAGACCCGAUUCCCGACACAGUUCGCAACCUCGACGCUAGCAAAACGGCACAAGAUCUAUUACAGAAACUCUACGCCUCUCAGCGACCUCUCAUUAUAGUUGAUCGAGCUGACGGCGCAGAGACGAUCAGAAAAGAGAUCAACGAAUUCGUUCAAAGAUCAGGCAUUCCUACAGUGUCUUUACCGUCAGGUGCCAGCAUGGUUGACAACUCGCUGCCAAACUACUUCGGCGUUUACUCAGGCUCUAUCGGAACGGUCGACCUUACAUCAGCUGUCAAGUCAGCAGACCUUGUCCUGGCUUUUGGAUGUCAAUUCUCCGAUACACAAACACUCGGUUGGGCUGUAUUACCGGAUCGAGAUGUUAUGACUCUCAUUGGCAGGAACCAUAUUGAAGACGAGCUGGUUGACGUCCAAGAGGUUCUCAAGGAGAUGGCUCAGAAGCUUGAUAGUACCAGGCUGCCGAUCAAACAUACAUCCUCAUGGGAAGACUUUCGACUUCAACCGCAGUUCGAGGUGCAUCCCAAGGCGUAUAUCAUCCAAGAUGAAUUCUAUAUUCACCUGAACAAACACCUGCAGCCCAACGACACAGUCUUGCUCGGUAAUGCAACACCCAUCAUAGGAGGCCGCGAUCUGGUUCUUCCACCAUCUUCUCAGCUGAUCGCAUCUGGGAUGUGGUUUUCCAUCGGUCAUAUGCUCCCUGCUGCUCUCGGAGUUGCUCAAGCAAAGGCAGUUAUGAGAUCAAGAGGCCGCACGAUUCUUCUUGACGGAGAUGGGAGCUUCCAAAUGACGGCCCAAGAACUCAGCACUAUUAUCCACAAGCGUGUCAACAUGAUUAUCUUCAUCAUCAAUAACAGCGGGUAUACAUAUGAGAGAUAUAUCCAUGGGAUGGACGAGGCGUACAACGACGUGGCGCCUUGGAAUUAUAGUGCAGCCCCUCAGCUUUUUGGAGAUGCACCAGAAGGAUAUCCGAUUCACUCUUGUAAAGUGAGUAAUAUGGAGGAAUUAGACACAGUUCUUAAUUCUGAGGGCUUUAUAAAGGGCUUGGGCCUGACUCUUGUUGAUGUUGAGAUGGAUAUGUAUGACAUCUCUGAGAAGGCCAAGAUUCUAUUUGAGUUGGCUGGAAAGCAGCUGUAAUAGAGCAUCUAGAGAUAUCCAUUUGGAGAUAUGUACUUCCUUGGAAAAAAUGAUUGUCUUCUGAAAGCACUCCCCUUAGCGAUGAGGCAGACCUGUUAUAUUUUCAACACAGAGAUAACAUCACUUCUCCAGACCUUUUUAAUUAGAGAUUGGAGGUGACUGACUAAUAAUUAUAUUCUUAAAUUACGCG